AUGAGUGAUCAACCCAGAGAGAUGUUUGAUAAUUACUUGCAUCCUAACGAUAUCAUCAAGGAUGAUAGGCUUAUCAAAAUAUUGUAAAAAAGGAAGCAAAAGCAAUCGGUAAAUGUUCAAGGAAAUACUUCUAUCAGUCAAUUCAAGCAAAACAACCUGCCUAAUGCCAAUGUUAAUAAUGAAAAAGGAAAGAUAAAAGAGUUAAAUGAAAGAGUACAAGUCGAAUAAGGUGUAAUGAGAGUUUCAACUAUUUUGAAAGAUAAAUCAUAGCCUAAGUCAGAAUCAAAGUAAAAUAAAAAGAAAUAAAAAAUAAGGAAUAUCAUAUACCUCUUGACUAAUGAAGAGACAUAAAAUUAAACACCUAGUAAAUCUUAAGAUGAUUGA